GCGCCGACCCCGGAACCGCGCGACUUGGGGAGGCGGAGCCCAGUCCGGCAAGAUGGCGGCGUCCGCGUUAUUGCGCCCCUUCUCAAAGCUGCUUUCAUCGGCCAGGCCCCCAAGUGGCUCUUCAGCGCGGUCAAAGUUCUACAUUCGGGAACCACCACAUGGCAGCCCUGACUGGCUGAAAGUUGGACUGACCUUGGGCACGUCCGUUUUCUUGUGGAUCUAUCUCAUCAAACAACAUAAGGAAGAUGUUUUAGAGUAUAAAAGAAGAAAUGGAUUGGAAUAAACUUUUGAAAUACUGAUACAGUAUGUUCCAUGUAGUGAUUAUAGGAGUUCCAUUGGAUUCAUCAAUCUGUUGAGUUCUAAAUGUGAGAGAAAUAUGUGAAUAUGUGUCAAGUCAGCAUUUAUGUUUUGCAUAAUUAAAAAAAAUAAUGUCUGUAUUCUUCAGAUGAUGUAUAUUGUGAUAAUGUAUAGACUGUCAAUUCUAAGGUAGAUUAUUAGAAGUAUUUUAAUGUGGAAAGUACUAUCAAUAAUAAGGUCAAUGGUAAUUGAGAACAUCUUGGUAAGAAGACUUCUUAAGGAUACAGGCUAAAAAAUGAUUGCUGAAAUAAAUCUUUCUCCUUAUAUCAACUUUUAA